UAGUGACAUGAGAGCCAGUCAUUUUGAAUUGGACAGUUUUUGAGUUCCUCUUCAAGAAUCUGAAAUGUAGGUCAGGGCUUUGCUGACAUUUCCAUUUGCCUCGUUGCUGAAAAUCUAAAGUGAUUAUUGACAAGCGGGCAGCGGGGAAAGAGGACAUGACACAGGCAACAAGAUAGCAGCCUGACUCUGAAGAGGAAUUUUGUGCUUCCAACAAGUUGAAAGAGGGCAACAUAGAACUUUUUCCUGCUUUCAGGCAUGAAUCAGAUCACAAUUCAAUGGGAUGUGGUAAUAGCUCUUUACAUAUUCUUCAACUGGUGUCAUGGAGGAAUUACAAAUAUAAACUGCUCUGGCCACAUCUGGGUAGAACCAGCCACAAUUUUUAAGAUGGGUAUGAAUAUCUCUAUAUAUUGCCAAGCAGCAAUUAAGAAUUGCCAACCAAGGAAACUUUAUUUUUAUAAAAAUGGCAUCAAAGAAAGAUUUCAAAUCACAAGAAUUAACAAAACAACAGCUCGGCUUUGGUAUAGCAACUUUCUGGAGCCACAUGCCUCUAUGUACUGUACUGCUGAAUGUCCUGGAUAUUUUCAAGAGACACUGAUAUGUGGAAAAGACAUUUCUUCUGGAUAUCCACCAGAUGUUCCUGACAAGGUAACCUGUGUCAUUUAUGAAUAUUCAGGCAACAUGACUUGUACCUGGAAUUCUGGGAAGCCUACCUACAUAGACACAAAGUAUGUGGUGUAUGUGAAGAGUUUAGAGAAAGAAGAAGAGCAACAAUAUCUUUCUUCAAGUUAUAUUAACAUCUCCACUGAUUCAUUGCAAGGUGGCAAGAAAUAUUUGGUUUGGGUUCAAGCUGCAAAUGCAUUGGGCAUGGAGAAGUCAAAACAACUGCAAAUUAAUCUGGAUGAUAUAGUGAUACCUUCUGCAGCUAUCAUCUCCAGGGCUGAGGAUAUAAAUACUACAAUUCCCAAGACCAUAAUCCACUGGAAUAGUCAAACAACAAUUGAAAACGUUUCCUGUGAAAUGAGACAUAAGACUACAACAAACCAAACGUGGAAGGUUAAAGAAUUUGACACCAAUUUUCCAUAUGAGCAACAGUCAGAAUUCUACUUGGAGCCAAACACUAAGUAUAUAUUUCAAGUGAGAUGCCAAGAAACAGGUAAAAGGUACUGGCAGCCCUGGAGUUCACCAUUUUUUCAUAAAACAGCUGAAACAGUUCCCCAGGUUACAGUGAAAUCAUUCCAACAUGAUACUCAGAAUUCUGAGCUUCUGAUUGCUUCCAUCUUUAAAGGACAUCUUACUUCUGACAACAGGCAACAAGACAUUGGACUUUUAUUGGGAAUGAUCUUCUUUGCUGCUAUGUUGUCAAUUCUUUCUUUGAUUGGGAUAUUUAACAGAUCAAUCCGAACUGGAAUUAAAAGAAGAAUCUUAUUGCUAAUACCAAAGUGGCUUCAUGAAGAUAUUCCUAAUAUGGAAAAUAGUAAAGUUGUAGAAAUGUUACAGAAACAAAGUGAAUUUAUGAAUAAUAAUUCCAGUGAACAGGUCCUAUAUGCUGAUCCAGUGAUUACAGAGAUAGAAAUCUUUCUCCCAGAAGAACACAAACCCACAGACUACAAGGCGGAAAAGAAUACAGGAUCCCUGGAGACAAGAGACUGCCUGCAAAACUCACUACUCACCAACACUACAGUUGUGUAUAUUCCUGGUCUCAGCACUGGGUAUAAACCCCAGAUUUCGAAUUUUCUCACUGGAGGAAACCAUCUCAGCAAAAAAGAUGAAACAUCUUCCUCAACUCUCAAACCACUGGCUGAUUCCUCAGACCUGGGGGGAAAUGCCAGGUUUAAAAAAUACCCUAAUUUUGCUUUUUCUGUCUCAAGUAUGAAUUCGCUAAGCAACACACUAUUUCUUGAAGAAUUAAGCCUCAUUUUAAAUCAAGGAGAAAGAAGUCCUCUGGACAUGCAAAAUUCAGUUGAGGGAGAAACAACCAUGCUCUUGGAAAAUGCUUCACCCAACGAAACUAUUCCAGAACAGACCCUUUUGCCUGAUGAAUUUGUUUCCUGUUUGGGGAUCAUGAAUGAGGAGUUGCCAUCUAUUAAUUCUUAUUUUCCACAAAACAUUUUGGAAAACCACUUCAAUACAAUUUCACUCUUGGAAAAGUAAAGCUGCAUAGUCAAAGCUAACAUGGGAAAGCUGCCUUGCAAUCUGUAGCUGGAUCUCCUGCUCAACAUAAAUUUAAUUCUAUCCUAUUUUUUAAAGUUAGAGAGCUAAGAUCCAAAGAUAGAACAUACUUCACAGUCACAAAGGAAGCACUAAUAUUAGGUACACCUUCUAUAUUUUAAAAAAGUAUCAAUAAUUAUAUCCUUUUUAUUUCCCCUCAUUACAGGGCACAGAACAGAUCUCUCUAUUGUACGAAAGAUAAAUAAUACAUGGCAUGUGGUGGUGAAAUAAACAUUGAGAAUACUUCUUAAAAAUUGAGACAUUAGUGUUUGUUUGCAAGGAGAGAAGCAAGUUUAAUUUUCAUAACUAUUUUGCUUUGUUUUUUCAAAAAUUAAAAAAAAAACCUAAAAGCAGUUUUGUUAUCAUUAAGUGUCCCCAUGAAGAAGAUGACCAUACACUCUGGUUUAUGCUGGUUUAUGGUCCGUUGUUAGAGUGUUAAUUAUAACCAGUGCAUGCUUUCACUCUUAGAACCAUCCCAUUUGGAUGAUAAAUCAUAUAGUCACUCUAUUUAUGAAGACUUUAAUGUCCAGGGUAUAACAAUUUGUUAUAAUUCACUUUUUUUUUUUGCGUUAACAAUCUUUACUUUACUUUAAUCAUUUACUAAAGUCAUCAUUUCCAAAAUGAAACAUUACUAUUCACAGUCUAAAACACGUACUCCUUGCUAUGAAUUUCUAUUGUUUACCUUAAAAUAUGUGUGUUUAUUGUACUUUACAUAUUCUAAAAGUAUAUUUUAAAUCACUAAUGAAAUGUUAAUAUCAAAUAUCUUGACUUGUAAAUGAUCAUAUGCCUUUCCUUUAGUUUCUUUGAAUGGGGAAUAGAGUGAAGCAAAAAGGCAGGUAGUACUUGGUAUAGAUAUAGCAAAAGAGGGACGCCUGGGUAGCUCAGUGGUUAAGCAUCUGCCUCCAGCUCAGGGCUCAAGUCGUGAUCCUGGAAUCCUGGGAUUGAGUCCCACAUCGGGCUCCCUAUGGGGAGUCUGUUUCUUCCUCUGCCUCUCUCUGUGUAUCUCUCAUGAAUAAAAUAAAUAAAAUCUUCCAAAAAAAAUGAAAAGAAACAGCAAAAGAUGGAGACAAAUCUUUGAUGUUUAUCAACCUGAUGAAGACAAAAAAAGUUUCUGUUAAGCUUAAGGGAUUGCAGCAUUAAUUGAUCUAUGUAUGCUUCCGUUGCAGUGAGCACCUCCUUUAGAACUCUUCUUGUCUCCUGGAGAUAGGAGGCUCCUUUCUCUUCCUAUGGUGUCUUUUCCAUACCCACAUUACUGUUCAGUACAGAGAAGAUACUUCUAGUUCCAUCUUUGCCAUUAGCUCUUGUUGGUCCCAAUGGACUAAAAACUGGGGCUAUACCUAUCGUGGAAGCAAUGUGCCUGCCAUUGCUCCAACUCAGGGAAAAUUUCCAUUGCUUCAUCACAAUGCAACAUCAUCAGUGAGAAAGGGUUUUCUUUAUAUGAUUUUUUUUUAAGAUUUUACUUAUUUAUUCACGAAAGACAGAAAGAGAGAGGCAGAGGCAUAGGCAGAGGGAGAAGCAGGCUCCCUGCCUGCAGGGAGCCCGAUGAGGAACUCGAUCCCAGAACCCUAGGACCAUGCCCCAAACCAAAGGUAGAUGUUCAACCACUGAGCCACUCAGGUGUCCCUCUAUCUAUGAUUUUUUUUUUCUCAACAACUAUCCAUUGAAGUAUUGAAUGUGCAAGGCACUUUGAGCAAUACAGAUGUUAAUAAAAUCAGCCAAGUCCCUGAAGCCUUGGGGCUUAUAUUCUAGGAGCAAGAAACAGACAAUAUAUGCUCCUCAAGGAGCUUAUAUUUUAGGGGAAGGGGAUAAGAAUGGGCUGGAAAGAGGCAUAAAAAAAUAAAGAAGAAAAAUUCCAGAUAAAUAAAUCUGUGUAGAGAGGUAAAAUGAGGUAAUAUAGUGGAGAGUGAUUUGGUGGCCACUUUUUGCUGGGCAGUCAGGGAAGCUUUCUCCCAGGAAGGGACACUGACAUUGCCAUCUGAAUCACAGGUAGGAGCCAGUGUGCGAGAAUCAGCUUGCCACUUUAAAUUCCUUCUAUGGAAAAAUUCUCCAGUACCUAAUAUCUCUACUUCUUUGUCUCCUGUACAAGUUGGCUCUCAUCCCACCCCUCCGUGACCUGCCUUUCUCACCCAGAAUCUUCUGUAGACUUGAGGACAAGUGUGUAAAUCUUUUUAUCUUUCCAUUCUGCUUAUUAUUAACUUUCUUUCUCUGAGUCUCUGAGUUUGUAAAUUGUUGCUUCCCAAAUGGAGAUGUCAUGCUUAUUGGUAUAUGGGUUAAGGAGCAGGAGGAAGAGAGAAAGAGGCAGGAAAAGUCCCUUAAGAAACCGUUGAAAAGGAAGAAGGAAGAAGGGGAGAGAAAUGCAAAGAAAGAAAAGCAGAUUAAUCCUCAAUGAUGCUGAAGCAAAAUGGAACCCCAGUUUCAGACAAUGCUAAAGCUGAUUAAGGGACAUCCAAUUCCCUCCUGUUCUAGUAUCUUCUUCACAUCUGACCUCCCUUUUCUUAUCUUGAAGCAAUAGGGGUAGGCACAAGUGAGGUAUAGUUUGGGGGUGUUUUCUUGGUUUACAUGUGUGUUUUAUCAUUUUUUAAAAUUAGGGAUGUGUUUUUGCCAAAGUUAGAGAACAAUUGAUGAUAUAAAAAGGCUUUUGAGUUUUAGCAUGUGGUUCUCAUGUAAUGUGGGCUGCUGUUUGCCCUGCUGGUUCAAUCAAAGGGUUUUUCCAGCUUUCCCCCCCCCCUUUUUUUUAUUUUUUCAGUCAUCCUCCCUUUGACAUAGAGGCAGCACGUGACUUUGGCAUAGAGCAGAGGUUUUCAAAAAUUAAUUUUAGCAACUCAUACCCUUUCUCCAAAUGAAAUCUGUUGCAGAAGCACAAAAUGUAAAAUAGGUGAAAGCAAAUCUGCUGAAACAGACGUUGAAGGUCAUGCCUGUCCCCAACAACCUUUUUUUGCAUCAGCCUAUGCUUGUAGGAUGAAAAUCCCAGUCUGGGGAUUCUCUCUUCCAAACCUGGGUGACCUGGGCUCUGGCCCUUCUUGAAAGGCCCGUAUCUUGGAAUUGUACCCUCCAUCUCCAACCACAAGACUGCCAGCCUAGGUGAAAGGGAUCAGAACACCCUCAAACAACCUUCCUGAACAGUUGCAUAAAAAGGAGCUCCUCUCAGAGAGUAAUGGAGCCAGUUCUACAUGUAAUAAUUAACUUGUUUCUUUCCAAUUAUUUUACCAUAAAUGUUUGGGUUUUGUUCAAGUUUAUGCUCUUUUUGUGAUCACUGAGAAUAAAAUAUUGUGUAGUGAACAUAAUUAGAUUUUAUAAACCCAAAGAUUGUCAAAGUGUUGCAGUUUAUCUCUUUACAAAGUAAUUAUACCAAUUACAGAAGGUGAUGUUUUAAUGGGAAAUGUUAUCCACUUGGCAGACACUAUUGAUUUAAAAUAAAAGAAGUGAUUAAAAACAAUUUAUGGAUUUCUCUUGGGUAAAAGCAUGAAACCAAUAUAAAAUAAUUGGAUUCUGAUUCAUAGAAUGGAUUGUGUACCUCGUUCCUGGAAGCUACAGUUAAGGCAAUAUUACAAGGAGCUCCAACAAAGGAUUGACGGAAUGUUAUUAUGUCUCUUCCUCACUGCUAAAAUUACAUCAUUAAAUCCCAAUUAAUGUUUCAUGUUAAAACUCCUUUAGCCAUUGUGCUAAUUUCACUUUUCAACUUAAUUUAGGAUAAAUACUCUGCAUCUUUUAUAUCUCGUAUUUCCAUCAAUUUUCUGAAGCUGCAUUUCCUUUAUGCUUAUAUUCAGGAAAACAACCUAUUCUCUAAUAUUUAUAAUUAGCAUUUAGCAGCACAUUAAGAACUUUUUCUUAAAUGGUCUAUUUUUUGUUUGGGUUGGUAAGAGGAUUCUGGCCUAACUUUACGAAAAGAAAAAAACAAAGCCCACGAUACUACACAAGUAUUACAGAAACAUAGCUCUCUCCCGAGAUUAUUGGGUCAAAAAUUCAAGCAAAACAAAAUGCUGUUUCUACCAUAAAGGCAUACCUAAAGCUAGUGAUUCUAUCAGAGCACAGGAAGGAAAUCGUAGUCAAGCCCUGGAACCCAAGUGUGAGAUACGGAAGUCAAUAAACCUGACCGUUUUCUUUCUGUUCAUAUCCUGUUUGAGAAUAUUAUUAGAAGUGAGAAAGAAUACAACAGUGACAUUUCUAAACUUAAUUUUUAAGCUACAUGGUAAUUCAUGAAAAAACACUUUAAAAAACUGUAAAUGGGAUGAAAAGUGACAGUACUUCUUCACACCCCUGCUUCCUGUGCCCCACCCCCUUCAUCUCAAGUAGUGACUCUCAACAAGUUAAUGUUUUUCUUUCCUUUUUUUUUAACCCAAAUGGUUAACAUAUGGUAUUGCUCUGUGACUUGCUAUUUUCACCUAGCAAUAUAUGUUAGAAAUCCUCACAUGUUGUUAUAUAUAGCUUUGUCUUAUUCUUUUCAGCAGUUGAAUAGUAUUCCAUAGAAUAAAUGUGUUUUAAUAUAUUUUCCUAUUCUGUUAAUGGACAUUUAGAUUGUUUCCAAUUUUUCACUAUUAAACCCA